AUGGAUCAAGAAAAGGAACAUAAUGGAGAAAAUGCCUUUGCUGAUUCAUUAGAAGCAUUUGGAGGUGGCUACGACGGCCCUGUUAGUGUAUCAGUUGGAGGACCCAUCAUAUCUAAGUUUAUCACUGCACUACGUGAAUUAGCUACUUUUAAAGAGCUUCUUCGCUCACGGGUAGAGUGUGUAUUGAUUGACUGGUUGUCAGAGUUUAUAAAUAUUGAUAUGCAAAAUGCAAAGGAAUCUCGUCGUCGUUUUGACAAAUCUAUGCAAUUGUAUGAUCAGUCACGAGAAAAGUUUGUUUCUUUGAAGAAGAAUACUCCUGAAGAUAUUGUUGCUGAAUUAGAAGAGGGUCUACAAAAUUCAAAGUCAUCAUUUGAGAAAAGCCACUUCAAUCUAGUACACUCUCUCAUGAAUAUUGAAGUGAAAAAGAAGUACGAGUUCUUGGAGUCAAUAAGUGCAAUAAUGGAUGCUCAUCUGAGAUACUUUAAACUAGGUUAUGACUUAUUGAGCCAAAUGGAGCCUUAUAUUCACUAA